AAGGCUAUGAUGAUUCUUGGUUGCGCGGAGACUUAAGCAACGGAUCCCACGCAGUAGGUUAGAUUUCUUUGAAGUUUCUUGUAAUACAGAAUCUAUGGAACAGCAGCAUUUCAGUAAAGGUGGUGUGCGCCCUGUGGUUAGAGAAGGUGUAUACCAUCAUAGUUUAAUAAUGUGUACCUAAUUAAACGAAUAGCCAUUGAAUGCAAGUUGCAACAGGUCCACUCCAGUGUAAAAAAGCAUAGGCCCACCAGUGUUAUUGCAAUGGUUAGUGUAUAGCCUACCUAAUUAAGUAAUGGUAUGAAAUGAAUCAAUGAACUCAAUUAUGCUUUUAUAAACUCUGUUAAGUUUUGCACAAACAGGAUUUGUUGCGUAUUUAUCCACAAACACUUUUGUUAAGGUAAAGAAGAAGACGAUCAUCAAGACAUUAAAAUGAACAAAAACUCAAACACUGAGAUGAGUAGGCCUAAAACACCCUGGUAUAGGCCUAUUCCAAAUAGAAAAAGAAGAGCUCAGAAUUGUGCUACAAACACAACGGACGUGGGUGAACAGGCAGUCAUGGGCAUGAAUUCAAAACUGAAGAAGACUCAGAGGAGAAAAUCAGCCCAAAAGCCAAAACGCCCUAGCAAAGCGAAAGGUCCCAUUGUGGAUGAAGCUGAGCACCAGUUCCGCACCCACAUAUGCUCCGAGUGCCGCCGCUGCUUCAAGUCCCGCACCCACUUGGUGGAGCACAUGCACCUGCACUUCCCAGACCCCAGCCUGCAGUGCCCCACCUGCAAGCGCCACUUCACCAGCAAGAGCAAGCUUGGCAUCCACAUGCUGCGGGAAGCCGGCCAGAAGCUGCACCACUGCCACCUGUGCGACUACGGAGCGGUCGAGCGCAACUCGCUCCGCCGGCACCUGGCCAACGUGCAUGGAGAACAGGCUGGAGCAGAGGUCCGCUCUGACAAGUACCCCUGUCCGACAUGUGGAGAAACCUUCCAGCAGAGCAAGCAGCUGAAGGCCCACAUGAAGGUCCACAAUGUUCCUAGAGAGGGCCAGCUCAGCUGCCUUCAUGAAGGAUGUUCUUUCCAGACCACAGAGAAAAGGGACCUGCAGGGGCAUUUGGGGGAUACCCACAACAUGAUGGCUGUGGAGUGUCGCCAUCAUGCCUGCAGUGCCCUUUUCCUGAGUGCAGAGGCCAUGGAGGCGCACACGCGCACGCACCAGGCCUUUCACUGUACAGAGUGUGACUUCUCAUGCUCCAACAAGACUCUCUUUCAGCAGCACAAGAGGAAGGGGCACGCGGGCAAGGAGGAGUUAAACUGUGGCUUCUGUGCCUUCACCACUUUCAACCCUGUGGAGUUUGAUCAACACGUCGGUCAUUUCCAUGCCAACGAGAAAGCCCAUCGUUGUCAGCAGUGUGAUUUCGUUACAGCCCAUAAACGAGUCUUGACCCGGCACAUGCUUUUGCACACUGGUGAAAAGCCCCACAAGUGCAAGAUUUGUGACUUCAGAUGUCGUGAUGAGACCUACCUCUCAAAGCAUAUGCUCACACACUCUGAUGACAAGAAUCACAUGUGCUCAGUGUGUGGUUAUGUCACCAAGUGGAAGCAAUAUCUGAGUGUGCACAUGCGAAAACAUUCUGGGGACCUCAGGUACAAGUGUAAUCAGUGUUCAUACCGCUGUCACCGCACCGACCAACUUAACAGCCACAAGCUGCGUCACCAGGCCAAGUCGUUGAUUUGCGAGGUCUGUGCUUACUCCUGCAAGCGCAAAAGCGAACUCCGCAAACACAUGCAGCUGAAGCACUGCACGCGAGAACAGCCCCAACCUCCCGUCUUCCAGUGCAAAUACUGUCCUCACCAGAGCCGCUAUCGCCAAGCGCUGCGGAACCACGAGAACAGCAAGCACACCAGGAGCCAAGAGUUCCGCUGCGCUCUUUGCUCCUACUGCACGUACAGCAAUACUGGGCUUUUCCUGCACAAGAAAAAGGCUCAUGGAUAUGUGCCAGGGGACACCAAGUGGCUUGAGAACUAUGCGGGGAAGCAGAGGGAAAAUGCUGGUCUGGAUCCGCUGCAGGGCUUGUUUUUAAAGGCAGGGGCAACCUCUGCUGAGGCUGAAGGAAGCUCUGCAGGAAAUGUGGCUGGUAGUCAGGAUGACCUUUCUGCGACAGGAUCAGGGCAAGUGCUCGCCGACCAUCAGGAUGUGAUAGCUGGUGAGACUAUUGUCACCCUUUGUGAAGGUCAAGAACAGCUGUCAGUCCACUCAGGAGUUUUGGAAACAAUAGUUGAAAGUGAUGCCAACUCUCAAACUGUCUCAGUACAAGAGCUUGCAGAGAGUCAGCAGUGUGACGACAACUACAAUGAAUCGUGCUGCACCUUAGUUUUGACGCCCGUAAGUGAUGACGACAGCUCUCAAACCACAACUGGCAAUACUCAAAGUCUGGCCGCUGCUUCAGAGGAGUUGCAGCCUGUUGACGGAAAAAUGCCGGUCUCCAGGGAGCCAGUAAGUGAACAGCAUGAUGUAGAAUUUGAGGAAUGUGAUAGUGCGGAGCCAACAGAGCCUCCUUCCCUGCAUCCAGCUUGUGACGUGCACUCCUCCUCCGAGGCUCCUCCUGGUUCCUCCGAGGCUGUCUUGAGCGCCAUGAAGAAACAGGACAAGGAGCAAGCGGAUGCUUUGGUGCUGGAGGGCCGGGUUCAGAUGCUGGUGGUCCAGACCCAGACCGAGGUGUACCGUUGUGGGCACUGCUCCUACGUGACACGCAAGCAGACGUCCCUCAGGCGACACUGCCGCCGCUCGUCCUGUGGGGCCCCGAAAGCUGAAUCGCUCUGCUGCUCAGCCUGCGGGGCCAAGUUCAAGCAGCAGCGGGGCCUGAAUACGCAUCGUCUCAAGAAGUGUGCUGUUCUUCUGAAGAAAAGAAAGCGCUUUCACGUGGCGCCCGCAAGGUUCAAUGUACCCAAUGAGCAGGAAAAGGGAGAAGCACAAACAUUUGACAACACAGUCUCCGUAAAUGUUAACAAUUCUGUAGGUCGUAGAAAUGAAGCAGGUGCUAGUACAACAUCUACAUCUACUGCUGUAAACAAAGAGCAGGUGCAUACUACAGAACCCUGCUCUGAGGGUGGUGGUCAAGCUUACACUGAAAUAGAUGGAAAGUUUACUUGCAAGACCUGUUCCUUAACCUCGACUAGACUUACUACCAUAGAGCGACAUUGUUCCUCUUGCCAGAAAUCCAAGCCAGACAGCAAUGAUUCGAACCCUGAAGAAGGGGAGGAAAACUGGGAUGAUGAGAACAAUAACACAAAGGGGGCAGGCAAAGAAAAAAGUACAAAGCGGUUUUCUUGCCCCACUUGUUCAUUCACAUGCAGUCAGCAAAGAGCAUUAGAAAGCCACGGACGGAGAGGUUGCCUGAAGCCCAGGCCAGUCCAGUGCCAGUCCUGCUCCUUUGUUGCCAAAUCACAAAAAGCACUGACACAUCACACACGUGUUCACAAGAAGGAGAAGCCUCAUCCAGCUCCCAAAGGGCAAGGCAGGAAGCCCCAGCUGCAGUGCGAGUCCUGCUCCUUCAGCUGCAAGCAGGCCCGCUGCAUGGCCCAGCACGUGGCCCUGAAGCACGAGGGAGCCAAGCCGCACAGCUGCCGCUUCUGCGAUUUCAGAACCACGCGCCGGUACCGCCUGGAGGCCCACGAGUCCUUGCACACGGGCCUGGGUCGGCAGGCCUGCGACCUCUGCGACCAGACUUUCGGCACCACGUCUAAGCUGCGGCUGCACCGGCAGCGGGUCCACGAGAGGCGGGCCACACACUUCUGCCAGCUGUGCGACUACGGUGGUUACAGCCCGAACGACCUCAGCCGCCACACACAGAGCUGCCACACAGGGGAGCUUAAUCACACGUGCAGCCAGUGUGAGGCGCGUUUCAGCUCAGGGACGGCUCUCAAGCAGCAUCAGAACAGGAAGCACAACAGCCAGCCGACGCAGACGCAGACGCAGACGCACACCUGCGCUCAGUGCAGCUUCACCUGCCGCAGUAGACGCUCCCUGAAGGACCACCUCCAGCAGAAGCAUCCUCAGCUGGACUGCUCCACCUGCCAGGUGAGCUUCGAGACGGCAGCCGCUCUCGAGGAGCAUCGCAAGACCCACCUCACCCAGCGCUGCCCCGAGUGCCCCUUUGCCACCCGGAAGAGGCAGCUCCUGGCACAGCACCUGCUGGACGAGCACGAGGGCGAGGGCGGGCCGGCCGAGGACAAUAAGGACAAGUCCCUGAAGUGCGAGGUCUGUGGCUUUGCCUGCCGCCACCAGCUGGUGUUUGACCAGCACAUCCGCUCUCACGGGGGCGUCCGGCUCUACAAGUGCACAGAGUGCACGUUCUCCACACGGAACCAGCACAAGAUCACCUGGCACAUCCGCACUCACACUGGGGAGAAGCCGUACCGCUGUACGCAGUGCAGCUACUCCUGUGGAGAGCCCUCUAGACUAAAGUAUCAUAUGAGGAUUCACCAGGAGGAAAGGAAAUACCUUUGUCCCGAGUGUGGUUACAAAUGCAAGUGGGUGAGCCAGCUGAAGUACCACAUGACAAAGCACACAGGAGCAAAGCCUCACGCGUGUGACGAGUGCGAGUAUCGCACCAAUCGGGCCGACGCUCUGCGCGUGCACCAGGAGACGCGCCACCGCGACGUGCGCUCCUUCAUCUGCGAGAAGUGCGGCAAGGCCUUCAAGACGCGCUUCCUGCUCAAGACCCACCAGAUGAAGCACGGCGAGGAGCGGCCGUUCGUCUGCAACAUGUGCCCCAAGGCCUUCCGCUGGGCCGCCGGCCUGAAGAACCACUACCUCACCCACACCAACCAGCAGCCCUACCAAUGCCUGCACUGCAGCUACCGGGCCAGGCAGAGGUUCCAGGUGGUAAAGCACCUUCGCAGGCACCACCCGGAUGAGCCUGUGGAGGAGGGAGUCGAGAGAGACCCUGACACCGUUCUCACCACACUCCAGGAGGCCCGGCUCACGGUGCCGGUUGAGCAGCCGGACAACACCACAGGUGAAGAGGAGGGACCUCUUAUGCAGGAGGCCCCUGAGGAGCAUAGGCAGCAGAGCUGAUUGGUUGAGAUCAGAGUGCGUGUGAUCAGUGGUACUUUCUUCACUGGAAUAGUCUUGGGGUUGGGACCCACAACUUUCUACGGACAUCACUUUUGGGACCCAGUUUUUUGUUAUGCUGUGGGAAACUGGUUAAUUUAUUCUAAUUAUCAAAAAAUAUAAAUAUCACCAACCACCAUGCAUUUAAUGGCAUACACUCCGUAUGUUUUGCAUCAGCAUCUGUACUUUAUGCUGACAUGCAACAUGUCUAUCAACUAAGAUGUGUAAGAUGUGUUUCACCCUCUCCUUGACAUGACAAUCAUUUAUGCUUAAAACUGCAUGUUGUCUCAAGUUUGGGACUGGCAAUAACAUGGAAAAUGUAUUCAUUUUUACAACAUGGUUCCGUGACCCACCCAUGAGGAACCCUCCGUGACUCACUUUUAUAUCCUGACCCACCAGUUAAGAAACACUGUGUGUGACUUGACUAUGGUAUUGUACUGUAUGUGCAAACAGCAACAUUCCAGAGGAUAGAGAGUUAAUGAAUUAUUUAAGCACCAAUGUCUGUGGUAUGCACUGUGGUCUAAAUAAUUAUUUGUGGCCUUCGGCUUCUAAUAAAUUCAGUUUGUUUUCCUCUGUUGUAAUUACAGGUUAACCAGAGUGGCCAAUAAUUCUGGAGGGAUUUGUACUCUUUGGUGUCAAGGAAUAACCAAAGACCUCAAUGCCUUUCUGUCAGUUUGGCAAAGAGUACUUUUUUUUUUUUUACCUCCACCAAGGAGGUUAUGUUUUCGGUCGAGUUGGUUUGUCUGUUUGUCUGUCAGCAGGAUAACUCAAAAACGUAUGAACGGAUUUGGAUGAAACUUUGUGGAGUUGUUGGAAGUGACUCAAGGAACAAGUGAUUAAAUUCUGGUGGUGAUC